AUGAGUGCCGUCGUCUCCUGUGGAUUUUUGAUCGUGUUACACGCAAGAUCGAUUUUUGCGAUCUUCGCAUGGUUUCUUCUUCUUUCGAGUGGAGGCGUCUUGCCUCUAGCAGAGACCCAAGAUGAAAAAGUACACCAAACCGUCGUCACGCUCUCGCACGAGGGCGAGUAUCUCUUUCGCGACCCGAAGACGAAUCUCCAGUACAUGCGGCGGCAGGACUGGGCAAAAUACGACGAAACAAGCCUGCUCUCCAGCUCGUACGCGGAAAAAUACAACUACACGAAGAAUUGGCGCCACCUCAGCCCGUACGAGAGCGAGCUUUGGACCUACCACAGCAGGAAGUCCUUCCAGCACAUUUACAGCACGGGCAAAUGGGGCUUUGGCCGCGAGCAGGACGAAUUUGACAUACUCUACGGCCACGAGUGGGAGUUCCACGAGGGCGAAAAUCAGUACCGCCGGAAAAAGCAGCUCUACGCACGGCAUUCGACGGACAACAGUGACCCGGUGCACAACAUGGGCACCGCAGGGAGCGGGUCUUUGGUCGAGUAUACCACCGGGCUCAGGCGGCAGCUCGAAAGAUUGUUGGGGAAGUUGUUUCAUCCCGCAUUAGAGGGAGAAGGCUCAUCAACAUCCGGGAAAGUAAAGUUUUUCGACUUCGCCUGCGGUGACAUGCUGUGGGCCACGCAAUUCGUCACAGAUUGGAAUGGAAAACGGGCAGGGCAGACAGGCCUAGAGCUAGAGCAACCACAGAGCGGCCCAACUCGACCUGAGCUUUUUUACAUAGGUAUGGAAAUCGCUCCUGCAGAGGCGGAGCGCCACCAGAGGAAGUUUGCAACCCACCCGCACAUCCACGUGAUCAACGGCGACUUUACGAAUUUGCGCUUCUACCGGAACUUCACUGAAAUCGCACAUGCAGUCGAUCCGAUUUUAAUUGACCUACAACCUCGUCCAGCAAAAAUUUCGAACUCAUUGCUUUUCAUUCGGGACGCGUUGCAGCACGUUUCGCUGGUGCAGAGCUGUCGCUUCUUCCUCAACGUGUACAGGUGGCACAGAGAAAACCCACUGCUAUUUCGGUACCUACUCAUGGGUGGCUACAAGACCGGGAUUCCGAACACAAGAAAUAUCCCGACACCCGGCGCCACGGAGAACGACCCGACGGAGUGGCCAUUUGUGUUGCCGGGACUGCAAGAAGUGCUGCUGGAGGAGGAUGCGCCAGAAACCCUGUCCUUCAGCGAACACGUGGUGGCACGGAUUGCGAGCAAAAAGCUAUUUCUGUACGACGUCAGCGCAUGGGCUGGUUCCGGCGGAGACGGAGGCAACGGCUUUGACCCAUGUCCGAAGAUGUGAAAACGCAGACCACUAUGCACUAACACUAUCCUGAUGCUCUUGCAGGAGGAGUUCAAGUUCAAGUUGUGCCAGCCGUGGCGAUGCGACGCAAGAAACCGAUGGAUGCUCCCGUUCUUGCGAGGGAGCGGAUCCCCAGUGAUGAGUUACACUCUGACGUGUCAAACGCAGACAGAGCGAGUUGGAAAUAGGAUUGGAAAAGAUGAAUCUUCUUUUUUUUUUCCACAUUAGGAAAAGCAACGGUUUUUUCACCGUGAUGGACCUGAGGAUGAGAACCACGAGACUCAUUUGAUAUGCGGAUUGUCUUCGGUGACGGUGCAGUUUCUUCUGCAGGUGGUGAAGUCAGUAUCACUUUCUUCGAGAAGAACAGGCUUUUCGUUUUGCCGCCCCUAAACUCGUGCAUCAGUCCGGGGCAUACACAUUUACAAUAGCUAGGGUCCACAUCC